AGAGGUAAAUGGCCCUCCAACUCAGUCCAUUUCUCAUUUCCAAUACCAUGAAGCCACUUUCCUUUAAGUUGCCUCCAAUCGCCGAUCGCAGCCAUGGAUCUCCCAAGUCCAUGCUUGUAACAAACCAUAAGAAAUUUUACGUCCGGUGCAGGAAAGUUGAGAACGUCAAGAAGCCUUCCAUUCCUCGCCAGAAGGCACAUGUUCAGGUAACACACUCCAUGCCGCCCGAAAAGAUCGAAAUAUUCAAGUCCCUGGAGGGUUGGGCCGAGAAGAAUGUCUUGGUUCACUUGCAACCGGUCGAGAAUUGCUGGCAGCCACAGGACUUUCUGCCGGAUGCCGCAUCAGAUGGGUUUGAAGAACAAGUUAGGGAACUUAGGGAGAGGGCUAGGGAAGUCCCUGAUGACUACUUUGUUGCUUUGGUUGGAAGCAUGAUAACAGAAGAAGCCCUUCCUACUUAUCAGUCAGUGCUCAAUACAUUGGACGGAACUAGAGACAAGACAGCUUCGAGCCUAACACCUUGGGCCAUUUGGACAAGGGCGUGGACCGCAGAAGAGAACAGACACGGUGACCUCCUCAACAAGUAUUUGUACCUGUCCGGACGAGUGGACAUGAAGCGAAUUGAGAAAACUAUUCAACAUCUGAUCGGGGCAGGGAUGGAUCCUCGAACGGAAAACAGUCCCUAUCUCCUCUUCAUAUACACUUCAGUUCAAGAAAGAAUGACAUCUAUUGCUCACGGAAAUACCGGCAGGCUUGCCAAGGCACACGGGGACGUGAAAUUGGCUCAAAUCUGUGGGACAAUUGCAUCAGAUGAGAAACGCCACGAAGCAGCCUAUACAAAAAUCAUGGAGAAGCUCUUUGAGAUCGAUCCAGAUGCUGCUGUCUUCGCACUUGCCGACAUGAUGAGAAAGAGGAUCACUGUGCCGUCACAUCUGAUGUAUGACGGUUGUGACGACAACAUCUUCUCCCAUUACUCGGCCGUUGUGCAGAGGCUCGGCAUUUACACAGCAAAGGACUAUGCAGAUGUUCUCGAGUUUCUGGUGGGAAGGUGGAAGGUGGAGGAUCUGACCGGACUUUCGGCGGAGCGAAGGAGAGCCCAGGAUUACGUCUGUGGUUUGACUCCGAAAAUUAGAAGGCUGCAGGAGAGAGCUCGGGAAAGGGCCGAGGAAGCACUCACUAUUCCCUUCAGCUGGAUUUCUGAUAGAAAAGUGAAGCUUUAG